AUGUCAAAAUAUAUGUUUGGUCAAAUUGUCAUAGGACCACCUGGUAGUGGUAAAACCACAUAUUGUUAUGAAAUGAAAAAAUUGUUAAAAGAAUUGGAUAGAAAAGUUAUUGUUGUUAAUAUAGAUCCAGCGAAUAAUCUGGAAAAGGGUGAUGGAACAAUAGAUCUAUUUGAAUUAAUAACACUUGAGGAUGUAAUGGAAAAUUUAAAAUUGGGUCCAAAUGGUGCACUUAUAUACUGCAUGGAAUUUUUAGAAAAAAAUUUAAAUUGGUUGGAUCAAAAAAUAUCUUUGUAUCCCAAUCAUUAUUUUUUAUUUGAUUGUCCUGGUCAAGUUGAAUUAUAUACACAUCAUCAAUCCAUUAAAAAUAUAUUAAAUCAUUUGCAAAAAAAAUUAGGGAUGCAUCUUUGUGUAGUUCAGCUCAUUGAUUCACAUUAUUGCAGUAGUGCAGGUAAAUUUAUAGCGACUAUAUUAAUGGCUUUAUCAGCAAUGUUACAAUUAGAAAUGCCACAAAUAAAUGUUCUCUCAAAAAUUGAUUUGGCUCAAAAAUAUAGUGAUAAACUUCAGUUUGGUAUAGAUUUUUACACAGAAGUAUUAAAUAUGAAUUAUUUUUUAGAAUCUAUGAAUGAAGAUCCCUUUACAAAAAAAUACAAUAAAUUAAAUGAAGCGAUAAUAUCUUUAAUUGAAGACUAUAGUUUAGUGUCUUUUAUUCCUUUGAACGUGAAGGAUAAAAAAAAUUUAUUAAGAGUUCAAAAACAAGCAGACAAAGCUAAUGGAUAUGUUUUCGGUGCUGGAGAAGAGAAAAAUGUUUUAUCUUUAUUGGCUUGUGCUGCUGGAAUCGAUUACGAAGAUGAAACAUUGAGAUUUUUAAAUAAUAAAAAUCAAACUCCUGAAAAUAAAAUUAAUCUCAGUGAAGAUUUAUUAUGGGAAAUAAAUUAA